AUGACUUUAAGUGACUUUUUACAUUCAACGCCAGAACUGUUACCAGAAACCGAAUCACCAGUUGUAUCGUCACUGACACUGGCGCCAGUACCGGACAAUGUGCAAGAAAUUCCGCCAUCAUCUGUCACAAAACCGCCGCCACCAAAGCCGGUAACACCAUAUCCGCAUGGUCUUCUUGAAGCAGCUAUUGCUGGAGUCCUCAAACUGCUGUUAAAACAACGAGGUCAAACUUCAGCACGUGACUCGCUGUCGUCUGAAACCCAUGAUUCACUGAUAGCUCACUUGGAGGCUCUUCAGCGUGUUCCACAAGUAAACCUCAAACUAAUAAUGGAGGAAAAUGAUGUAUCGCCUGCUCCCCAGCAGGUACUUCCAGUUGAAGGAAAUACCUCAGUGGCAGGAGCGGCACUAGAGUCAGAUGCAGCUACACCGUCAGCCGCUAAUCUGCCUGAAUCUACUCCUGGAGUUGUGGCAACACCUUCACCAGUGCUGGCUGGAGACACUACACCAGGACUUGCACAACAAGGCAUACAGGGACUAGAACCAGGAUCAGGUGCAACUGGACUCUUAUCUGCCGAUAUCCCUGUCUUAAAUCCUGUAGUUCGGGUAGCAGAACCGCAGGUUCUGACUGAAAACCUUAAUGCAGGGGCUUCACAACAAGAAACACUGGGACAAAAACCAGCAUUGGAUAUCACCAUCCCGACAUCUGCGAAAAUCCCUGAAAUUAUUCCAGGAUUUAUGGCAAAGCCAUCACCACUGACGAGUGCAGACAUUAUACUGGGUCCAUCAAAGCAAGGAAAACGCACACAAAAACCACGUCCAGGUAAAGCCACACACACUUCUCAUAAUCGGCCUGUAUUGUCUGCUGGAGUUGCGAGGCCAUCAUCGCUAGUGUCAGCUGAAGGUGCCACAUUAGGACUUCCACUACGGCCACAGGGGCGUGAACCAGAUUUUGUUCCUAUAUUACCACGUUUCCUACCAAGCGUUCCUGAGACUAAGUACCUCACACCCGCCACCAGUUCUUUAUUACUGAAUGGAUUUCAAAAUAAACCACAGUAUCGAUUCAAUUCCGGAAGACGCUUUGACAAGGAAAGAAAUACUGAACCUCUCACUAAAGAUAUGGAUUACCCUUCACUUGAUCUUAUUCAAACGUUGUCACAUUUACCACCGGGCAUUCCUACGGACCAGUACCUCGCACCCAUCAGCGCUUUAUUGCUGAAUAAAUUACAAUACAAACCGAAGUAUCUAUUCGGUUCUGGUAGAAGCUUCCACACGGAAGAUAACACCGAACCUCUCACUGAAGAUGUGAAUUUCCCUUCACCUGAGGGCCUACAACACUUGGAUGACCCGCAUCCGCGAAGUCGGAGGAGUGUCGAGGAUCUCAUAGCAAGGUACCAGCUUGUGAGGUCCGUCAUCGACAAAUAUCUGAACAUGUCACCGAGGACGCAAGACUUCAUGGUGCGACAAGGAGUGAAAUUGACUGCGAAGAUGGUGAACGAGAUAUUGAAGAACUACGGGUCACAUGUGAAUAGCUGGGUCACUGAAAAACUUUCGUACACAGGCCUGGGUAGCUUCAGCUCAUUGGUGGGCGGCGAAGUGGAGAUGUUAAUAAGACAGUUUGCAGACGGCUUACAAAAUUACAUAGAGACUCUCCCACACUGAGCAAUUUUUCAUUCAACGACGACUGUUGCUGAUAACACACAGUUUUCAAAAAGUUAUACAAAAUAAAAAUGUUUUAGCAUUC